AUGCCCUCUGCUGCUGGGGGCUGCGAUGGAAACCUGGAGACAGCGUGCACCGUCCUUGUCAGCAUUCUGAUGGACUUCUGUCAGAGUUCAAGGAUUUGUGACCCCUCAGAGAAUUCUGAUUUGGUUCUUGGUGGCUACAUGGGAAAUCGAGAUAUUUUUUCAAGAUUGCAGGAGAUGGCUGCUGACCUGGAACAGGGCCCAGUGGUGCCCCAUGGCCAUGCUUGGUCUCGGGGACACUUCCUCUUCAGAAUUUUCCACAGCCGGCUCCAGGCUCUUGCAGGGGGAUGGGACAUGGCUUCCCGCCUUCAGAGACAGCGGGAGCUACUCAUGUACAAAAGAAUCCUUCUCGGACUCCCUCCAUCUGUUCUUGUCGGCAACCCCCGGGCAGAACAACCAGCCAUCCCUGACUGCGCCGAGUUCUUCCACUUGGUCAACUCUGAGUUGAGAAACUUGUGUUCCCGCGGAGGUGCCCUGACACACGACAUUACCGUCCACUUCUUCAGGGGGCUCCUCCAGGCCUGCUUACGAAGCAGAGACCCCACCCUGACAGCCGACCAGAUCCUGACCUCCUGUCAGACGGAGUGCCCCUUGGUUUUAACCUCUGCUCUGUUGUGGUGGCAGCGCCUAGAGCCCGAGCUUCUCUGUCGGUGGAGAUGCUUCCAGAGCCCGCUGCCUCGAGAGCUGCAGAGGCUGCGUGACGCCUGGCAGUUUGCCAGCAGCCUCCUGUCCCCCGACACAGAGUACCCUGACACAGUGUCCCCUGCCCCGGGCCCGGCCUGGGUCUCUGCUGCUGCACUACACUUUGCGAUUCAACAAGCUGGGAAAGGGAGUCUGAAGAAAGGCCUGGAGAGGCUGGGCUGUCCCACGGAGGAGCUACUGGUUGUCCUGUUUUUCUUUUCCUUGAUGGGCCUGCUAUCGACACAUCUGACCCCACCGGCUGCCAGCUGCCUGACGGCUUUGGACGUUUGUGCUGAGAUCUUGGAGUAUUUGGAGAAGAGGAAAGUGCCCUGGCUGCCGCUCUUUCAGUUGACAGAAACAGAUGCUGGCCUGGGUCACCUCCUCUUCCUCCUGGCACCGGACCAGCAUGUAAGGCUGAUGCCAGUCGCCUUCUACAGCCUCCUCUCCUACUUUGACGAAGACGCGCUCACCCGGGACGAUGCCUUCCUGCCCAUUGCUGUGGACAUGUAUCUGAAGUUGCUUUGCCUCUUUGUAGCCGGCGAGACAGGUGUACUCUCAAGUCCGGCUAGCAGGACCCAGGAGCUCCAGGGUCAGGGCUGCCCUGUUGGCCUGAUAACUAAAGCUCGUCUUUUCCUGCUGCGAUCAAUACCUCGGUGUUCCAGAGCGAGCUUCUCUAAUAUGGCAGAGCUGCUGGCCACUCGUGGAGACUGUGACCCUGAAGUGAGUGCUGCCCUCCUGAGCAAGCAGCGGGCCAUGCAGGAUACUGGCCUCUCCCAGGAGCCCUGCCUCCUCUGA